AACAGUCCUCAGUGCUACAGAUGAGUGCGAGGACGUUCUUUGAAAUUCUAGUUGGACUAUGGUUGAUUGUGGUCUUUAUCAUCAACACAGCCAUUUCGUUGAACAGACAGAAGUUUAAAGUGAAGUUCACCGGUAUCGUCUUCUUCAAUACCUCCAUGACUUUUAUCGACACCUCUGUAGAAUUUGACAAUUGCACCUUUUCUCGAAGCAUUCAUCCGUUAAAUUUAUGGCUUUCGCCAGGAGCUAAUGUGACACUGGUCGUCAAAAAUUCGUCUUUUUUCAACAACUUGGGAGGAAUUCAUUUGCGACAACUGCAGUUGGAUACACUUGCUAAGUAUGAAUCCUUAGGCUUUGCCAAACACCACGAAAAUUCCCCACCCCGAAUGGAUAACCGAGGGAGAUUUCCUCUUCCCGUUGGAAUAGAUAUAUUUUGCAGUGAUACGAUAUUUUCAAAAAAUACAGGUCCUCUAUUCGAAAAUACUAUCAAUUCAUCACAGACAAACGAACUCUAUCACCGAAUUACGCUAGUAAAGAACUCGGCUCCCUCAAACAGUUUGUACACUUCAAAAGCAAAGUUCCACAAGGCUUUGUUUGAUGGUCUGGUCUGCACCGACAACAUAGAUACUCAAUGUAUUAAUAUAAAUUCCAAGGAGGUUUCGCUGGGAAUUUCUCGUUCUAAUAUAAGUGGUAACACCGCCAAUGAUGACCAGGAUGCAGAUCUCCGCGGUCACAGCCACAGUCUCGUUUCGCCUUGGGCCAGUGUUUUCAUAAUUGCAGUCUCAGGUCAAGUUAACGUGUUUGACACAGAGUGGAAAAAUGAUUCAAGUUGCUUUUACCUGAAAUGUACUUGCAAUGUUAAUUUCACUAAGGUGAACACUACCGGCUCGACCUCAAAAAAUGCAGUAAUUAUUUUGUCUGGUGACGAAGCAAUGAACGAUGACUUCGGCUCGACUGAAAUGAAGAUACAUCUUGAACGGUGUGUAUUCCGGUUAAACGAGAAAAAUCAUAUAAAAGUCGUCUCGAAACUUCCCUUUUUGCAUCUUGUUUUAAAUGAUGUAAAAAUAAACGGAGAGCAAAUGGAAAAAAGCGGCACAAAUUCUGUGUUAGACGUCCAAAUAGAGAAAACUGCACUAGGAUCGUCAAUACGGCUGCACGAUUUCGUGGUCACGAAUGCUGUUGGCUCGACAUCAGUCGUAUUCAGGAUUUACUCAAAUAAUACCAACAACGUAGAGAUCGUAAACAGCGUUUUUCGUAAGAUAAGGAGUGUCUUCACGGACGGAUACCUCUCAAGUCCAUUGUCAAUAUUUAUGCCUAAGGAUAUGCUGAUAAAAGGCAAGGACUGUAAUAAUUCAUAUCUACGUUUCUCGUACAUCAACACAAUUACGAUUUUAAAUACAACAUUUAAGGAUAAUAUCGGACGGUCAACGGGUGGUGUCCUUCUUUAUUCAGGUAACGUGACCAUUCGCGGCUGUUACUUUGAAAAUAACUACGCGAUAAAAAGUGGCGGGCACGUUCGCGUUGAAGAUCAGCACGCGAUGCUCAAAAUUGAAAAUUCCAUUUUGAAGCAGACUUCAACUGAAACAAUAUUCAACGGGGAAACGUUUACACACCAUGCAUCCGUGUAUUCUGAAAGCUUUGGCUCACUUCAACUUAGGAAGACAUUGAUAGUUGCAGAGUUGGACAAAGAUUCUUAUCGGUUAUUGUCAGUUGUAAGGGCGGGUCUGGUAGAGUUUGAUAAUUUCAGCAAAAUACAGUGCGCAAUAGGAAGUGUUUUGAGAGUGGACAACUUUUCGCAUUUCAUGUUCGUACCCAGUUCGUCUGAGAACCCAGAGUGUUGGUUAAAAAUAACGGUAAUGACGAUAUCAUGCCAUCAGUGCCUUGCAGGUUUUUAUAGUCUCCAGCGAGGGGAAAUACAGGGCCUUCCUACGAAAGAAGUGUUGGCGAGCUCUGACUUAUUUUGUUCACCAUGUCCUUAUGGCGCGAACUGCUCUCGCAACAUUGAAGCCAAACCGAACUUUUGGGGGUAUCCCGAAUUAGAUGACCCGAACUCGCUGAAGUUUGUUCAUUGUCCAGCACAGUAUUGCAGACCAGGUGGCAAAGAAGACAAAACUGACUUAUCCGUUUAUAAUAGUUGCCGUGGCAACCGAGAUGGCGUGAUGUGUGGAAGAUGCAAGAUUGGGUAUACAGAAACUUUGUUUUCCAAGAAAUGCAAGCGGAUUGACAAAUGUAAAGAUCACUGGAUUUGGCCUCUGACUAUAAUUUAUGGUGUGGUGAUGGCAUUGCUGUUUAUUCACAAACCACCUAUAAUACGAUUUCUCGUCAAAAACAUCCUCUGGUUUGCGAACUCGUCUAGAAAUCGAACGGAAUAUACAUCUCUUGAGGAGCCCGAUCAUUACAACAAAGGCUACAAAAAGGUCAUAUUUCAUUUCUAUCAGAUUUCCAGCUACCUGAAUGUUGAACCAAUCUCUGAUGCGAUCAAAAACACUGCAGAUGUUGUCAAAGAGGCUGCUCCUCUUGUUACUUUUUUCUCCGGCAUCUUUAAUUUUAUUCCAACAGUUUCUAGUGAAGGCUUUGGCUGUCCUUUUCCAGGACUGAAUGUAGUUACGAAAGAGUUGAUUCUCUCCUCAGGCGUAUUUGCCACGUUAAUCAGUGUACAGGCAAUACUGAUUUUAAAUUUUACUUGGAACAGAUUGCGGGGCCGACCAGACCCACCCUUAGCGCCUUACGUUGCUGCAACCUUGGAGACAUUAUUGCUUGGUUGUGCAACAUUGGCCAACACAGCCUUGAAGCUACUAACAUGUGUUCCUGUUUUGGGUGAGAGUAGAUUGUAUUAUGACGGUAACAUCAAGUGCUGGCAGUGGUGGCAUUGCUUUUUUUUGUUCUACGUCGUUAUAUUUCUUCUCCCAUUCAUUGCAGUUAUCUACUGGGGCGCGAUGAAGCUACAAAGAGGUUUAAUUUCUGUGGGACACUUCAUUGGGGCGUGUUUUUUCCCGCUUGGCUUCAUUUCUUUAUGGAUCAUUCAAAAACUAUUUUACCCUAGAAACCAACGACAGUGCCAGGAAGUGAGCUUGAGCGAGACGCGUGUUGAGGUAUUGAAAGUCCUCCACGAUUCAUUUCGCCCACCAAGUCGCCGUAAGGGAGGCUCUUUGCAUUGGGAGAGCGUUCUAAUUGGCCGCAGAUUUCUGCUCCUUUCUUACCAAGUCUUCUUCCCCGAUCCUCUCAUCCGUCUGUUUUUCAUGGACAUCACGUGUCUGUUCGUCUUCGCCUGGCACCUAACAGUGAAGCCGUUUCGUGACAGAAAAGCAAACGUCAUAGAGGCCAUCUCUCUUGCUUUCUUGGUUGUCAUAGCGACCAUAAAUUUAAUUCAAGCUCAUUUUCUAUCGGCUGGUGUGACCCCCCAAGGACCCGUGAAAAGGCACGUGAUCAUGUUGCAACAGGUCGAAAUCUGCCUGUUGGCAAUCGUGCCCCUUUUGUUGGGAUUCCUUUGUAUGUUCGCUGUUGUCUCUCAGUUGGCUCGGAUCUUAGUCCUUCUCAUUGGAAUUGUACGCUUCGUCUUCCGUCGUGUUAUAACCCUCAUUAUUAUCCGGAGGGUGACAUCUCGGCGAUAUCGCUAUUAA